GAGACGGGUCCUACGUCGUUCGAGAUCGAGUUAAACUUUGCGAGGGUCGCAAAGCAACGAUCUUUGAGAGAAUCGUCGACGCGACCACGGAUAGAUAUUCAACGGCUGCUCGUUCGUGCCGGCGACGUGCCAACGGCAACGAAAGAGAGAUAAAAAUCUAGCCUUGCGUCGCAGGUGUGGUCUUCUACGUAGCUCGUCGUCAUCUCCUAGCUUCCGAUAUGAUACCGAUGAUAACGAGAUACGUUUCACGAUAUACGUAUUCGCGCGAAAAAUCAAUCCGACGCGCGAAAAUAAGCGUACGUAAAUCGACGAUAACUAUCGUAUCGUUCGUUUCCUCGUCGCCAUUCGAUGCCAUCGAGAAGUUUUCGAAUUCGAAGCAACAACGUACGUACGAUUCGAUGAAAUUUGCAUCGAUUCGCGCGUGCAUUCUAGAAAGCGCGUGAUCUACCAACAGAUCGUUGAGUUUAGCCUCGCCGUGAGACCGCCGCUUUAUUGUUUAGCGAGCGAGCUAAUGGACUAGUAGCAUAGGAUUUUACAAAAAGAAAGUAUCGGUGUGGCGAUACUGCCCUUGCUCCAAAUCGGUAGAUCGAAUUGCAUGUGUACCUAUCGACGUAUCGAAACAAAACGGAACGAAACGAAACGAAACGAAACGAAGCAAAAGUCGCAUUCCUCCUUUUCUAGGCCGAGUAAUAAAUUGUUCGGAUCGAUAAGCGAUCGAAUUCCCGUGAUAAAUCGAUACCGUAUCAUCCGCCCACGUGAGAAAAUCGUCGGUGACGAUCGAACGCGCUGGUGAAUUAAUCGGGAAUCGUUUAACGCCUUCGCAUUACCGAAUGCUGACAACGAAAAAGAAUUGACGCCACCUGAACAAAGGCGGACUCCGUUCGUCGAGUAGCGUGAAACGUAAGCGAUAAGGGGCAGCAGGUAAACGUAGGUAAUCUCUCGCUCGUAUAAAAAUCGACCGGUGAGAGACAUUUCCGUUCAAAGUGCGCUAAUUGAGAGAUCAACGAGCGUUUAAACGGUCGUUAAACGUUUGCGUAUAAAACGAACUUGGAGACUCGGCUCUUUCAAAUGCCUUCUCGCAAUUCCGUCCCGUCCCGUCCCGUUAGUUAUCAUACGUAAUUGUACGAUGGAACAUUUUGCAUCGCUUCCCCCUCUUUCUCCCAAUGAAUUUCUGAUUUCAACAUCGAACACACCUACUUACGUAGAUCCGUACACGUUGACUCGUGACACGAGCGUGUCGAAGGAAAGACGAUAUGAGCAAACGUGCUUUAUUACAAUAUGCAUGUAUUUAUUUAUAUAUGGACACACACACAUACAUGCGCAUAUAUACACAUAUAAUUAGUAUAAUUUGAAUAAUCGCGAAAGAGUUAUCGCGAAAAUUUCGCAACUUUCUCUUAGAAUGUGGCUGGCUCCCGAACGAAGUAAGAGAUCUGUUGUGCGCUUCGAACGCGAGACGAAUAAACGUUACGAUCUUGCCAAUUGCGAAUUGAUUAACAUUUUAUGCGGGACGAUUAUAUUUUUUGCUCACUUGACCAUAAUUGCGCGAGGCUCGAUCGCGACGACGGACGUGGUCGUUUCGUUCCAUCAUUAUUAUUCGUUUAUUAGCGUUCUUCGCCAAUAUAUUGUUCGUUAACGAAACCGUUCACCCACGUAAGUACGUACCCUCCGUCGAAAUUCUCGCUAUUCUCGUCGAAACGGUUAGACAAGCCAACGGUCAACGGAAAAAUGGAGAAAUGAACGUCUCGUUGAAAAUCGACCGGUUAAGUACCUACCAGGUACUUAGAUAUGCCUGUCGUAUCGUCGUUUACAGUUUAUUCCUGCGUAUUACCGAUUGGAUCAUAAGAUCGUGCAUUUGUAUUUUCUUUCAAAUCGAUGCUCGUUAGAUAGAUACGUAUCUACUACGAUCGACAGUUUCGUUAGAUUUUUUUUUCUUUUAUCGGCGAUGCAGUCUAAUCGAUUAAUCGAUAAUUACGUGGUAUGCGAUGUUCCAAUCUUCGAUGUCUCGCUUCGUAAUUAGUAGCAAGUAUUUCUUUGAUCGCGGACUAUCACCGAUCUCUAGUCGCCUCGUCGUAUUUCGUUUUCCUUCGUACAUUUCUCAUUCGCGGAAUUAUCUCCUAUAUAUAAAAUAAUACUUUUUCCAGAAGAGACCAACGACGAUGCGUUUAAUAGCUUCCCGACCUCGUUCCAAUAACCUCAUGACUGACGAAUUAGACAGCUUUCGCGCAUUACGUCACGAGGCCGAAUCUAUCCUAGAUCGUUAUAUUCUCCGGUCGAGUAAUCCUUCGAGUUAAGACGUAGCACGCGCACGCGAACGUUCUUCCUUCGCAUCCUUACUCUUUUUACCUUCGUACGUUUCAAUUUUAUCGACUACUCGGGAAUCAGCGCGCGGUCGAUUCUAUGACCGUGCGAUCGAGAAGCGGAUAUUUACUGGAAUAGAUACGAGAGAGAAGAUAUCCGUUCCUAUCUUUCUUCUUCAUCUUCUUUUUCCGAAAGAAAAGAUGAAAAAUUCAUUCCACGAGGUCGUCGUAAAAAUAUCGAUCGGAAAUUGGCAUGGAACGUCGAAGGAUUUCGACUUUUUGCGGGCCGAUUAACUUGGCUGCGCUCGAUCGAUUGUGCCUUUGUGUCGAGAGGGAGGGAGAGAGAGAGAGAGAGAGAGAGAGAGAGAGAGAACAAGUUCCGCAGCGAGGGAUAAAAAAGCGAAAAGAAACUGUGCGAGAAAAAGGCGGAUAUUCCGACGAUAGACGCUAACGUUUGGCGAGUCAGCAAUUAAGCAUGAAAUGUAAACAAUUAUUUUUCCUCCCGUCUAUCAGUUUCGGUUCGUUUAUUUUCUCGCUGGCACACACGUUCCAUUCUAUACAAUUAUAAAAUCACAAGGCUGUACUCUAAUAACGGGAGCGAGCCGUGCUAUUGCUAAGACUUUCAAGGCCAAGGGUUUAUCAAAAUUCACAAAGUCCGCGUUCUGUGUCACGCUCCUUCCUUAUUCUCUCUCUCCCCCUGGCUCUCUUUCUCAUUGUCAGUCAUUACCACCAGUAUUAUUAUCGUCGUUACGUUUGCCUCGUUAUUUUGUCUUCGUUUGAUUUGAUUUGAUUUGAUUUCAUUCGAUCUGAUUAUUCCAUAUUUUUAUCUUUUUUUCCAUCACAGCGUUAAAAUCUAUGCAACGAUCGCGAACGGUACAUUUUUUAUAAUCUCGGAAGGUGCGGAGAGUUACGCAACGAUUUCUUCUUGUCCAGCCUCCUCCCACGUAUGCAUUCAUAUGCAUCUUUUAUCGACAGAUGUUGUUAGACGCAACCCACAUCGACCGACUUUAAAACAUUUUUCCGUCCGUUUUAUGAUUAAAAAAUGAGAAAUAUUGAAAAUAUUUUGCAAUCUUCCUUUAUUCGACGAUAGCUUUCCGAGUCCGAUAGUUCUCUCUCUCUCUAAUCACUCCUAUCGUAUGCGAAUGAAUUUUCCUUCUCCUUUAUCUUCGAUAUCGAUAGUAUCCGUUAGCAGAAUUCAACGAUAAUUUUCGUCGCUCUUUUUCGUUCUUUCGUCAAGAAGACGCGCACGGUUUUUGUUCGGUUUAUUUAUUUUCAAAUUAUACGCGAUUAGCGUCACGGAAAAUUCUUAGUCCAACGCGAGCCUUCGCGUCGGCGUAGAAAGUACAGUUUAUUCUUUUCUCCUCGACGUCUUAUCGAUAAUUAUUAAAAGCGAUACUUUCUUAUAUAUUGCGCCACUGUUUUACGAUUAUUUUCACCGACCAUACUUACCUUACCGUUAGUUCAUUAAACAUGUACACGCUUGCUCGCGUUCACACAUCGUUCAGCGCCUUUCGCUCGUAGAGUAUGUGACUCCAGCGACGGGAUAUCGGCAAUAUCGGCAAAAUAUGAGCGCAACUGGAAGCGUAAUAGGGAAAUACUAUGCGUCUAUUGCAUCGGUGUAUAAGCUCGUCUAGGUGGUAUCGCGUGUGAUGUAAUGAGAAAAAGCGUAUAACGCGAAAAGAUUCGACGUGAUCUUUCGUGUAAAAACCAUGACGACGACGAGCCGCGUCGAUAUAUCGAAAAUCCUCGCCGACGAACCGCCCCACCGCAUACGAAUCCGUUUCUCCAUUAUCUACCUUGGAAAAGGGAAAGAGUAAGAGAAGAAAAGAAAUUAUAAAUAUCCUUAGCUUCGCUGACACGUUUGAAACGUUCUUCGGAAACAAAAAAAAAUAGAAACGAAAUUAUCGGUAUCGUUGUCGUAACAAGAAAUUGUAAAAAAUAUCUUAUACGCUCGAUAGAAAAAUACACUUACCACGAGGCUUCGUUGUUGCCGCAAGACGAGCAUCCGCUCGAACGGGUGAAGAAUCUUGACGAAAAUGAGAAAUAAAAAAUGAAGUUGUCGUCGCGAUCGCCAUCGACUCUACCUCGCGAUUGUACGAUCCACUAUUAAUCGAAUAUUACUUAGUUCAUGUAUAUCGUGUAUAAAAAAUAAGCAGAAAGUAUUAAAUUUUUUGAUCUCCGUCAGAAACUACUUUCGGAAGAACCUUUUUUGACACGAUUCUUUUCAAAGAAAAUAAAGCUUUUUCAAAAAUUCGAAAACGUCGUUAAACCUUUGUCUUUGAAAGAAGACCUUGUCCGUCAAAAUCGAUCGAGGAUUAUGGCCGUACUCGUCGAUAUCGAACAGCCUUCGAUCGAACUCGUUUGUAUACAAACAGAUGUAUGGAAGAGGAGAGAGAGAGAGAGAGAGAGAGAGAGACCGGUCAAAUUUCGAUUUGUAUACACUUGAUCGUGUAUACACAUACAUAUAUGUGCGUACGAUACUUGGAAACGAUCAGUAAUCUUUGAACAUCCCUCGCACGCGAUCGUCGUAUAGAAAGGAAUAACGUCGGUGACAUAUUUGAUAUCUAUAAAAUAUUAUAAAAAUCUAUAAGAAUCGAUAAAAUAACGUCAUGUUUAUGAGCAUAGCGAUAAAAAUAAUAAUAAGCAUUUUAACCGGAACUUUUUGUGACUGCAGCAAAACAGUUUUAAAGGAAAAAUACAAAGAAAAAAUAUCAUCUUCAAAGAGUACGAACGAACCUCCCCCCACGAGACCUCCUCGUAAACCUCGAUAUGAUGCUCGAAGGUUCGAAAUUGAGGAAAAAUCUCCAUCGAUUUCAAAUCGAUGGACUACGAGCGAAUCCUCGAUCGAUGAUCGCGCUAUAAAGGUAGUAACGGCCCAGAUCGAAAGGCAACCGAAUGGGGAAUCACGAAAGAGAUCGGUAUUGCUUUUGCGCGACGCCGAUCUAACGUCGGACGAGUUAGAGCUAAAAAGAUCGAGACGGGAUUCUUUCGUGAUGUCACCGAACGAUAAACACGAUUAUACGGAAAAGACAUUGACGAGGAAAACGCUCAGCAUGGUAACGAGCGACGAAACCGAAACGUUCUACUUGGAUAUUCCACCGACGUCGUCGUCGCAUUUACCUCGCACAGAUCGUUCGAUGGAUCGUUCGACGAUUCAAAUUAAUCCUACGACCACGUCCACGAAUACAUCCACGUCCACGAAAAUCUAUCGUUCAACGCAAUAUCCGAAAGACUUCGAUAACGGACGAAUCGUACUACAAAAAUAUUUUCUAUUUUUCAAUGAAUCGGAUAAAUCUCUCCAUACGGCAAACUUGUCGACCACGGACUACGCGAAUUUGGGAGGAGAAGAAUAUUUAACGAAAAAGGAGAGGCGAAAAACGUUGUCGAAGCUCUUUCAAUGUCACAAGUGAUAUAAAUAUAAAUUGUACUCGUGUUAAUAUACCGUGAUAUCGUGGAAGGGUGGCUUGGAGGGAUACCGAGAGACAGAGAAUGGAAUUUUGAAAGUGGAAAUCCGUCCGUCAUCGGGUUUCCCGAAAACUCAUUUGGCGCGACCGAGCGACCGCGAUUUUGCUCGAAUUCGCGUUGGUACGCGCUCUUGAAAGAUUUAAAAACGAUCAUUCGCGGUAACGCGUCGUUUCUUAUACCCUUUUUCCCGUUCGAUCUUGCCUGCUCGAAACCUCGCGCAUUCUUACCGCGUUAUAUCGACUCGAGUCGUUGAUUAUCCUUUACAUCGCAGCGGUUAUAAUUUCAUCAGCCGCGCGAGCGAACGAAAGGCGAAGAGGAAAGAGAACGAGCGCGUGAAAAAUUGUUGCAGCGUCGCGAAUUAUCGCCAAGGCGCGACUCGUGUUCCAUCGGAUAUCGGGAGAAAAAAAGGGAUGGAAUCGUCGUGUCGACCGGCGCUUCUCGAAUUACCGCGCGCGUUUUCUCGAUCUACGCUCAAUGGAAUUUCCGCGAUAUUGAGAGAAUCGAGUAACGAGUAGAAAACGCUCGGCGAAUUGAAGCGAUCGAAAAAAAAAAAAUCAGCUCGUUACGCGAGUACCGUAUUAUCCGUAGAUCGGAAUUCGUUUCUUCGAAAUUGCCUCGGAGAAGGAGGAGUAACUUCCAUAACAGUCCUAUUUGAAGCGCGAUUUCUAUCUCGUUAUACCGCGUCUCAUUGGGAAAGACAACAAUGACAAAAGAAACGAAAAAAAUUCCUUUUUAAACUUCCUCUUCCUAGCUGCGUAGACUCGUAAUAAGUAACUACUUACAUACGUCGUUGUUUUGUCCAAUCUCAUUGUUCGCUUCUUUGUUUUCUAUACCAAAUGAAACAAUAAUAUAGUGUAAUAUUGUAUAACGAAUCAUCGACAAUAAACUAAUGUGUAUUCGCGCGAAACCAAACGUUUCGCAGUCGAAAGGUCGUA